AUGAGAGAAUCUAUUAACUCAGUCCACAGUGAGUUACUUCCUAAAACUUCAUUGGGUGCUGAAUUUUUGCCUUUAAAUAAAAAAGGAAAUAUACCAAAAAAAAAACUUGAGCCUUUGCAAAAAGAAAACGCAGUAGAACAAAUUAAUAAUAAGAAAAAUGAACAUGAUAAAAAAAUGCCAGAAAUAAAAAAAGUUAGCAAAAAAAAAAUUCAUGAUUCUUCAUCUAGUUCUUCCUCUAAUUUUUCGUCCCCUAAAAUAAAAAAAAAACCAAAUGAAAUAACGUCUGAUGAUUCGGCUUCAAUCUUUACAGAAUCUUCCAAAGGAAGCUCAGUUAAAAUCAAUGCAAAACAGUUUUCCAGAGACAAGGAUGAAAUAAAGAAAGAAGUACACGAUAUUGGAAAAAAAGUUUCAAAUAGCAAAAAACUUCAACCUUCAGAAAAUGUCCCAGAUGACUUAAGAGCUCAAUUUGAAUUAGCUGUAAAUAAGGUAAGAGCAUAUAUAGAAAAAGAAUACAUAGAUCGUAUGUGUGAGAUCGAUAGUGAAAAUGCGAUUAAAUUACAGAGAGAACUAAAUAAAAUUUUGCAGUCGGAGAGAGAUGCACUGGAAAGGGAAAAGUUUAAUUUUGAAAAAAGGUUAAGGGAAGAAAUGGAAAGAGAAAUGCAUGCAACUAUUGAAAUUGCUGCUGUUGAGAAUAAGAAGAAAGCAGACGUUUCACUGGCAGAAAUAAGAAAGGAUAUUGAAUCACACUAUAUCGCAAGACAAAAGGAAAUUGAACAAGAAUUAUCAAAGAAGAAAGAAUUGUUAGAGGAAGAAUAUUCACGUAAGAACGCAGAGUUAGAGGAAGUGUAUAAUAACAAAAAGAAUGAAUAUUUAGAAGGUAUUUCCAAAAGAAAGAAGGAUUUGGAAGAAAACUUUGAAGAGAGAAGAAAAUCGUUAGAAUCUACAUAUGCUGAGAGAAUUAGUGCAUUAGAAAGUCAAUGUGAGGAAAAUUUGAAAAUUAAGUUAGAAGCUGAGUUAGCCAAAAAUGAAACAAAACAACAAAAAAUAAUUAUUGAAAAAGAUAAGGAGCUUAUUCAAGGAAAGGUAUUAAUGGAGUCAUUAAAAGAGCAACUGGAAAAAAUGACUGUUCAAAAGACUGAAUUAGAAAAUAUGAGCUCUAGCACAAUCAGUAACAUGAAAAAUUAUAUGAAAGAGUUGCAAGAUUCGAGCGAAAUACAAAAGUCCCAAAUAGGAACAUUGGAAAAAACAGUUAAAGCUUUAUAUGUUAAAGAACAAGAAACUAUGGAACUUGUUAAUCAAGCAAAUGAAAAAAUUUCAAAUAUGAUGGAUUUAAAAGAAGCAAAAAAAAUUGCAUACAACUCUCUAUUAAAAGGAAUGGCAGUACAAUUACUUGAUGAAACUCUUAGAGCGCACUAUAAACAAAAUUAUCUAAAGAAAGGGUUUGAAAUUUUGAAAAAAGAAAUAAGUAGGCCAAAAAUAGUUUCGACAAAUGAAGACGGGAAAGGAUUAAAAGGAAAUGAUUUAACUCUAUUCUUAUUAAGAAAAGAACAACUUUCACUUUUCGCAGAAAAUGAAAAUUUAAUGAGCCAAGUAGAAGAUUUAAGAGUUAAGCAUUUAGAAGAACUUAAGAAAACGCAAGAAUCAUUUAUGAUGUAUAAAAGAGAUUUAGAGAGGGAUUCAAACACUGAGACAAAUGUUGCAUUAUAUGAAACGUCUAUGCUACACUUUGCAUGCAUAAUAAAUACCAAAAUUAAGCUACAAAUGGUUGAUGCAUUUUGGAAAAUGCGAACACGGCCUAAUAAAAAGAACUUUGUUGAAACAGAAGAUGGAAAGAAAGAUAAUUUAAUAAAACCAGUGGAUAUUAACAAUAGGGAUAAAAUAUUAAUAAAUUCAUUAAGUUCAUUAUAUAAAAUUUCAAGAAUAAAACUUAUUUCAUAUAGUUGGAGAAAAAUAGUUUUAAAUGCAAAAUUUUCAUCAUUUAAAACAUUACCCACAAUGCCAUUCAAUGAAAUGAAUAAUAAUAAAGGUUAUAAUAUUGACUCUUUCUAUUUAAGAGACUUCAUUAAUAGUAUGGGGAAGAAUGGUGUAACUAAUUUCGCACACCAACCUAAUUAUUACAAUAAACUUCCAUCUGUGAUAAAUGUGCAGAACAAAGCAGUAUUUGUUCCUCUAAGGAGAGAUAAUCCAAUAACAUAUGGAACUUACUUUCAAUAUAAUAAAGAAAUUUUGUCCGAAAGUUGUGUUACAGGUAAACCUGUGGGAAGUUACACAAACAUUAAUUUUAGUUAG